AAUGCCAUCAGCCGUGCAAGCCGUCGAUCGCAUCCUGCAGGCGAGAGACCUGUACGAGGUGCUCAAUCUCCCCGCCUUCACUGACGACGUGGAGGAAAUCCGUCGGGCUCGGAACGACUGCGCGCUGCUCGUGCAUCCCGACAAGAAUGACUCGCCGGAUGCGAGCGAGGCCUUCAAGAGGGUGCAGGGCGCGUAUGAAGUGCUGAUGAGCACUCACAAGGCGGCAUACGACGAUGACCUUCGGAGAAUGCAGGAAGAGCGCGCUGCGGACGAGGGUGAGACGAGCGAGGAGGAGUGGCGCUACAGGUUCGGCGAUCUCACAGCUAGCGUGGUACGCGCCGUGACUGGCAAUCAGGACUACGAGUUUGGUGACUGGACACGCGGCUUAGCACGGCGGGUUAGCCAGUACCGCUUUGGUGACAUCACGAGGUCGGUCAUAUCGUCACUCGCUGCCAACAGCUAAGUAAGAGGAUGUGGCUGCUGGCUCGCGCCGGCACACGGCACAUGGAUCAUGGUGUCACAUGCUUUUGUCAUUUGUGAGUAUUACAGUACACGUGCACGCCAGAAGCAUGUCGGAAAUUC